AUGCAAAGCCUGGGGGCAAUCAGGAGCCCUGAGAGGCACGCGGCGAAGGCGAACCAGGCUGUCAACCACCAGGGUGUGACCCUUCAGGUGCCGAGCCGCGAUCGAGCAAAGGCAAAGCCACUCAUUCAGGCAAGGCCGGCGGCUGCUUUUAAGUCAAAGCCUACAAUUGCAUUGCAAAGCACUGAAGGGCUGCCGGCAAAAGAGGAGCCAUUGGCAAAACCCCACACGGCCCAAUGCUCGUUGGCCGUUGAGGCGUGUCAGCUUUGUGGCUUUCGCAAUCCUAUGCCUGAAGCUCUCAUUCUUCUGCUGCCUGGUCUUCUCACCUCACAUCUUGCUCCCGAUGGCUCAAUGAAACGAUGCUGCAGCAAGGCACCCAAAAGGCAGCAGGCUGCACACCUACUUCAGUCGCACCCUCAUCUUACAGCAAGUCAGCGCCGGCCAGGAGCCCAGGGCCCUUGCACUCGCAGGUGUAGGCCCGGCUCGCCUGGCUUCCCCGUUGGCGCCCUUGGCUCAAGCAAAGCGAUUUCCGUGAAUUCUCGGUGUGGCGCUGGGAGCAGCACUUUUGUUGCGUCCGUGGCUCUGCGCUGA